GACCAACAGCGCUAAUCUAGUAAGGCUAAGCCCCUUGUGCCUGUUGCAACGCCGGAACCAAAAAUACGAACCAAACGGGGCUAGGCUGAAGGUUCCAAUGAUUUUUCUCUCUUUACCUCUCCAGGCUUCCUCAUAUGUUCCGGCCAGAUAAACCUGUCAACUUUGCCUUCAUUUACCACCCCUUUUACUUACUUCUCUGCUCAUCGACUCGAUUCACGUCUACUUCUUGCCUCCGAAUCCUCUUCGGUUUUCCCUGACCGUCAGUUACUACUUCAGAAUUUAUUUCCACCAUAAAUCUUCCUACAACCAUUUCACAAUGAGUCCGAUUCAGUUCCCUAUUGACGCGAUUGCCUCGCGAUUCGGUGAUCGCUUCAAUAGCGUCCGCGCGCAAUCUCUUACCUCGCGUUUCUCCAACCUUCGACCGAUCUCGGAGUUCCUCGACGUCAAGCGCCUCUCGAAGCCUGCCAAUUUCGGCGAAGUUCAAAGCCGUGUGAACUACAACCUAGCCUAUUUCUCGAGCAACUAUGCCGCCGUCUUUGUCAUGCUCAGCAUAUACAGCUUGCUGACCAAUCUGUCGUUGCUUCUUGUCAUCCUGUUGGUUGCCGGUGGUCUGUAUGGAAUUGGCAAGCUCCAGGGCCGUGAUCUUGAUUUGGGCUUUGCCCGAUUCACCACCUCUCAGCUAUACACCGGUCUGCUGAUUGUUGCGGUUCCUCUGGGUCUUUAUGCUUCCCCCAUCGCCACUGCGCUCUGGCUGAUCGGAGCCACUGGCGUGACUGUCUUCGGUCACGCCGCAUUUAUGGAUAAACCAAUCGAGAAUGCUUUUUCCGAGGAGGCGGUCUAGGUGGUCGGCCGCGAGCUCCUUACGGUAUGCCCCGAUGGGGAAGACCACCGGGGGCACGGGUGGGGAGAUCCAGCGGGAGACAGACGGCUCAGUGGAUGGAUACUAAUAAUGUGCGGAUUCAGGAGAUUGACAGCGGGGCUGAGGAGGAGU